AUGUCGAAGCUGCUUUCAUGGCGUCGCUCAAUCCUUCAACCCCUGCUCUCAAACACCAAUAUUACUCAUUUUCCGUCUCCAUUUUACCUCAUCAUAUCUCGUUUCAUCAGCCACUGUCCACAUGAAGAGGACCUAUACGACCCCCAAUUUUCCCCGAUAAAUUUCAACAAAAAUAAGAACAAAUUGAAAAAUACUCAAGAAAAAAAGUAUUCGCAAAAAGAUACUAAACAAUUAACUACGGAUAUCGCCAAUAAUUUUCCGCUGAAAGCCGAUUUGCCAUUUGAUUUUAUGCACUCUUACUCGGAGAACAGCCGCGGUGUUGAGCCCAUUGGAUUCCGUGAGCCUACUAGAUUCUCUCCAUUCGGGCCUGGUCGGAUUGAGCGAAAGUGGACUGGGACUUGCGCUCCGGCUCCGGCUCAGGCUCAGGUGGAUCUGGACAAAUUGGACGAGGAGAGGAAAAGGGUCCUUGGAGAACCGUUGUCAGAGGAGGAAAUUACGGAGCUCGUAGAGAAGUAUCGCCACAGUGAUUGCUCGCGUCAAAUCAAUUUGGGAAAGGGAGGAGUUACACACAACACGCUUGAAGACAUCCACAAUCACUGGAAAAGGGCUGAAGCUGUACGGAUUAAAUGCUUGGGAGUGCCAACUCUUGACAUGGACAACAUUUGUUAUCAUCUUCAGGACAAAACUGGUGGGAUAAUUAUAUACCGUAAUAUCAACAUCCUCCUCCUAUUUCGAGGUCGAAACUAUGACCCCAAAAAUCGACCAGUCAUUCCUCUUAUGUUGUGGAAACCAUAUGCUCCAAUCUAUCCAAAACUCGUGAAGAAUGUUGCCGAUGGUCUCACAUUUGAGGAAACUAAGGAGAUGCGAAACAAAGGGCUUAACUCUCCUCCUUUAAUGAAACUCACUAGGAAUGGUGUAUAUGUAAAUGUGGUGGAAAGAGUGAGAACAGCAUUUGAGACUGAAGAAGUAGUGAGGUUAGAUUGUACCCAUGUGGGAACAAGUGACUGUAAAAAGAUUGGCGUCAAAUUACGAGAUCUUGUUCAUUGUGUUCCAAUCCUAUUCAAGGAUGAACAGAUCAUACUCUGGAAGGGAAAGAAAGAUCAAGAAUAG